AUGGAAAUUCGAAUCGACCUGGGCGACCGAUCUGAUCCGCGUCGUGGCCAGGAGAUGCUCACGCUGAGGGCCAAGGACGUGAUGAGUCGGGACGUCAGCUUCCCACGGACAGUGUUGGUGAAGCAGCUGGUAGCUGCUUUGAAGGACGAGACGCACACCCACCAGGGCUUUCCCGUGGUUGAUGAGUCGAACCUCUUCCUUGGCCUCAUCCGGCGCUCAGAGCUGCUCCAUGUGCUGGAUACAGGCUUUCGAUCAGGCGCGAGCGAGCUGACGCACCCCAUGGUCUACAGCCGCCCACCGCCUGAGAUCUUCGCCUCGCUGACGCCCGGGGAGCUGAAUAUGACGCUGAACUUGAUGCCCUACGUGAACCGGGCGGCCUACACGGUGCCGGACCAUGCCUCGGUGCUUCGGUGCUUUGGGCUCUUCCGCACCAUGGGCCUGAGGCACCUGCCGGUCUUGGAUAGCAGCAGCCACCUGCGGGGCAUGAUCACGCGGAAGGACCUGCUCCUGGAACACGUGCACGAGGCCAAGUGGGGCGCUUCUUCGGAGGCGGAAAGCGAGGAGGAGGACGACUCUGACUUGGCUUGA